CAUGCUGAGUUAACGCCUGACGUUUGAGGUGUUGUCAGCACCUUGCAAGUCACUGAGGAAACUGGCGUUGUGCACAAAUUAUCUAGCUAGUUUGCUUUCAAACUGAAAAUUAGGAAAUAUAUCGUAGGCGCUCUCUGGUAUUCCCAUUUCUUCUUUUGUUUCGCAAUGGCUGACCCAAAAUACGCCAACUUGCCAGGCAUCGCCUCUAACGAGCCGGACGUCUAUGAGACCAGCGACUUGCCGGAGGAUGACCAAGCGCAGUUCGAGUCGUUCGUGCAAGAGCUGGAAGAGCUUUGCAGUGACAGUGUGGAGCGCAUUGUGGUCAACCCCAACGCAGCCUAUGACAAGUUUAAAGACAAGCGCGUCAGCACCAAGGGCCUUGACUUCUCAGACCGCAUCAGCAAGAGCCGCAGAGUGGGCUAUGAGUCGGGAGAAUAUGAGCUUCUAGGGGAAGGGUGUGGGGUGAAAGAGACUCCUCAGCAGAAGUACCAGCGGCUCGUUAACGAGAUUCAGGAGCUCACAGAGGAGGUUGAACGCAUUCAGACGAGUGCUAAAGAGAGCAGCGCUGAGGAACGCCUGACACCCGUGGUGCUGGCCCAGCAGGCCGCCCAGCUCAAGAAGCAGCUGGUUUCCAGCCACCUGGAUUCACUGCUGGGCCCCAACGCCCACAUCAACCUGGCCGACCCAGACGGAGCUCUUGCCAAGCGGUUGAUGACUCAGCUGGAGGUGGCAAGGGGCAUGCGUAGUGGUGUAUCGGGAGAGGGGAAGUCUGCGGGACCCAAAGGGCCAGAUGGCGUUGUCCUGUACGAGCUCCACAGCCGACCUGAACAUGAGAAGUUUACGGAGUCUGCCAAGAUAGCUGAGGUGGAGAGGCGCUUGGCUGACUUGGAGACUGCUGUAGGUUCAGGAUCAGAUAAGAAGGGUCCUCUCAGUGCUGGGCUUCAUGGAGCCAGCCUAAUGGAGACCAUGGAGCUGUUGCAAGCCAGAGUCAGCGCUUUGGACGCUGCCACUCUGGACCAAGUUGAAGCCAGGCUGCAGAGUGUAUUGGGGAAGAUGAAUGAAAUCGCAAAGCAUAAAGCUGCAAUUGAAGACGCUGAAACACAAAAUAAGGUGUCGCAGCUGUAUGAUGUGGUGCAGAAAUGGGAUGCCAUGGCAACCUCCCUCCCUCAGGUGGUCCAGAGACUGAUAGCUGUUAAAGAGCUGCAUGAGCAAGCCAUGCAGUUUGGACAGCUGCUGACCCAUUUGGACACCACGCAGCAGAUGAUCAACAACGCACUGAAGGACAACAGCACACUGCUCUCACAGGUGCAGCAGACCAUGAAGGAGAACCUGGUCUCUGUGGAAGAUAACUUUGCUGCUUUGGACCAGAGGAUGAAAAAGCUCUCAAAAUAAUCACUUUCCAAAUUAAAAAAGGCAAGAGAACAGGAGUGAUGUGGAAAAAGGUUCUUUACUGUAUUUUACAUCUUAUGUUUGUCCUCAAAAGCCUUUUCCUCCAUAUUGCUGAACGUUGGAAUAAAGUUGAAAACUAAGACAGAAUUGAAGGUUGAGACCAAAUGCUCCCUAACACUACAGCAACCCAGUAAUCUUUGCCCUAUCUCUGGUCUUCAUGGAGGUGGACUGAAUUUAUGCAAUUAUCAGUCACUUAGUUAAAUCCUACUCCCUAGUCCAGAUAGAGAUUAGAGUACAGGUUCCAGAUUGUUCUGUAAGCCUUAGAAACCCUUUUUUAACUAGGCUUGAAAGACUCAAGUAGUUAUUUUGCCUCUGUGGUAAUGUCUUCAAAAUGUCUGUUUAAAUGUUAGCUUACUUUUCUAUGAACGGUAGUUUCCAAAUGCCCAUGAAUAAAAUGCACACAAGGUUCCCAAGCCACUGGCCAAUGUUUGUGGGAAGAUAUUGGCCUAUCGAGUCAGAAACAAUGCUGUAUAUAUACACCUGAAAACCCUAACGUGUUAUCACACACAGUUGCUUGUAAGUACUGUUGUAUCAGAUGGAUCUUCAAGUUACUCUGCUUUUGUCAUAUGCAUAAAAGUAAUUUAAAAUGCUAUCUUCAGACAUCAGAAUAAAUUUAACAUGCUUUGA